AUGCCCAAGGACGCUAGUAAUAAUGUAGAACAACAAUCUUCCGCUGAGUUUUUUUCUCAUGAUGGUAUUUUCACUCUGGAACAGGCCCAGUGGAUAAGGGUCACUAACUCGUUAACGAACCUACAGGUUUGCAACAGCUACUUAGUUGGCGCCACCGCAAAAAACACCCUGCUAAGGACAUCUACUGUUCCUCCGGCUAACGUAUCUGAAAUUGAAAUUAGCCGUCAGUCAGAUGAUCGCGUUCAUAAUAUUUUUUUGGAUCCUAUGGGCUGGCAUACUAUAAUCAGUAUGCAGUCUGGUAUGAACUUUUACAUCAAUAGAAGUAUGAAGAAGGUUCGUCCAUUGAAUAAAGCGAAGGAUCAUUUAUUUGACUCUGUAGCCUGGAAUCAGCAUAAUAUAAAUGAGUUAUCUACACAAGAAAUUCUAAUUGGUACGAAUGAUGGAUUGAUAUUUGAGACAGUAUUAAUAUUCAACGAGGAUGGCUUUUUUAGUUCAGGGACUGUUGAACAAUACUGGAUUCAGAUGAUUAAUUUAGGACAUAGCGUAACUGGUAUUGAAGUAAUUCGCUUUCCAACUGGUUCGACUAAUGUAUUAGUUGGUGAGCCACAACGGUGUGUGGUAUUUGCAACAACACCUAGUCGUAUGUACCAGUUCGCUGGCUGGAUUAAUACCAACGGACCAGCAGCGGGUUCACUUCUGUCUCAUCUAGCGUCGAAUACUACAAUAACUGCCAGUGGUUUAUCAGGUGCAACAGUUGCCACUUCUGGUCAUCGAUCUAGUUUGGUAAAUGAGUAUACUCAACAGGCUGUAGGUGCACAGAAUACUGCAAUAUUUCCCAACGUAACUGGACUUUUCCAUGGUGUAUUCAAUUCGGAUGAUAAAUUGCCAGCAGGUUCUAAGGUGACUGAGUUCCCUGGAAGUUUUGGAUACAGUGAUUUAAAACUCUAUUGUAACCCGAGUGAUGAACUUCCCAGUAAAUUCGCUUGGAUGACAGGUCCUGGUGUCUACUUCGGUCAUAUAAAAACGGAACAGCUAAGUAUGCCACCAUUUACAAAACUCUCAGCAAAUGAACAAUCUUCUGAUAUGAAGUUAUUUCCAAGUGAGAUUGCAUCUUCUACUACUAUUGAGGAUUCAGAUGAUCCAAAUCGACUGAAAGAUGUAUUCUCUGGUCGUGGUGUCAAUCUAACUAGGAAUACAAAGCUUAUCCCCUACCCAAUUAUUCAUAUGCUUGAACGACCUGGUGUACCUUUAGGCAUCUGUAUGACAGAAUUUCAUCUAAUCAUCGUAUAUAUGGAUCGCGUAAAAGCUGUCAACACUUUGGAUGGUCGAGCAGUUUACUCUAUGCCUUUAAGUAAUAUGAUUGGUAGUGAAAGAGCUCUGGGUGUAUCACGUGAUGCAAGCUGUAAUCGUAUCUGGAUAUUCAGUAAUAAUCAUUUAGCCCAGUUGAAAAUCAAAAAUGAAUUGUGUAGAAUUUGGCAAAUCUACUUGGAUCGUUUGCAGUUUGAUGAAGCUCGUCAAUUUUGUAAGGAUUCAAACCAGCUAGAUACAAUAAACAUUCGAGAAGCGGAAUAUAACUUUGACAAUGGAAAUUAUAUACGUGCAGCUAAAAUGUUUGCUCGUAGUUCAAUACCACUUGAACAAAUUGCCUUACGUUUCUGUCAUUUAUCUUCGGCAAGUUAUCAAUCACUUGCAUCACUGGAUACUUUAACAACAAUCUCCUCUUCAUUAGUUCAACAAGGUUAUGAAAUUAGCGAUGAUCACGAUGUCAUGGAGGCGUUAGUAAAGACAAAAGGUGAACAGCAGCAGCAACAAGAAAUCAACUCAUCUACGCGACAUUGUAAAUCCUUACUGAUGACUAAGUUGUCCAAUCCAUUUAGAACAGACUUGUUUUCAUCAACAUCAUCAUCAUCAUCCUGCUUUCUGGAUCCAUUGAAAGUAUUCAUAUCUGCGAAAUUGGACUAUUUACUAGAGCAAAAGUGUCCAAAGAGCAGUAAAUCAGUGUCUAAUCUGUCUGGUCAAAUCAUUUUGUUAUCUCUUUGGCUAAUUGAAUUACUGCUAACUGAGUUGAGUUUAGUACGUGAUCGUCUUGCGAAACAAGAUUAUAAUAGUACUGAUAAUGAAGUUGGUAGCAACAGUGGCGGUAACGGCGAUGUAAAGCGUGAAUUUCGUGCAACAUUGACAAAUUCAGAAGUGUUGAGUUUUUUAUCUAGCGCCAAAUUUCUGAUAUAUGAUCUGUUGGAAAGUCAUGGGGAAAAUGAUGAACUUGUUUAUUUCACUGAACUGAUGGGAGAUUACCCUCGUCUAGUGGAUCAUUAUAUGCGGCAGUGUAUGUACAGUGAAGCACUAAGAAUACUGGCCGUUCAACCUAACUGUAUCAUUCAGUUUUAUGAGUAUGCGUCGUGUUUAGCUAGCAAAUGUCCAGAGGAAUUCGUUAAUAUGUGUCUUCGUCUAGACAAUAAAUUGGAAUCUAAUCGCCUUCUUCCUUGUCUUAUGCUGUUACCGCAUACUCAAGCGAUCAGAUAUUUGGAGCACAUGGUUGAAAAGUAUAAUUAUACCAGUAGUGGAACAAAUCAAGCUUUACAUCAUAUGCUAAUCUCAUUGUAUGCUAAUGAAUAUUGUCAACAGCAAAAUGAUAAAUUAAUGGUUUACUUGGAAACAGUUAGUACACAAGCUGUUAAUAUGCGAAAGUUGAAACAAAGACACCAUGGUGGUGAAGAAGGGGAUUAUUAUCAAUCUUCAGAUUUUGAUUUAUCUGAUUUGUCGUUGCUAGACGCAGAUACUGUAACUACACCAACUGGAAAUAUGAAUGCAUUGAAGUUUUUAACUAGUCAACAUGAUCAGUUGAACGCAGAAGAGAAUAUUCAGUCGUUGUUGCCAUAUGAUCCGGGUUUUGUGCUUCGUUUAUGCAAAGAAAUAUUGGAUAUGCAUCAAGAAGCCCUACAAUUAGCCAUUGAAUGGAAUGAUAUUCCAUUGGCGAAAGAGAUUGCUCAGAGUGAUUUUCUGAAUUCCAGUCUUCGUCGACAGUUGUGGAUUCGACUAGCCCAACACAUUAUCAGUACUAACGGAAAUAUGCAAGAAGCUAUUAAUUUAUUACGUGAAUGCCCUCUAUUGAAGUUGGAAGAUAUUCUUCCUUAUUUCCAUCAAUUUGUUACAAUUGAUCAAUUUAAAGACUUAAUUUGUACUUCAUUGGACUCGUAUAAUGAGCGAAUUGAAAAUGUGAAAAAUGAAAUGCAAACAACAAUGAAAACGAUAGAUGAACUGCGUUUACAAUCGAGUAACCUACGUUAUAGAUGUGAAAUUGUACAGAAUGAUUCACGAUGCAUCCAUUGUAAUCAUCUUCUGACUUUACGUGCCUUCUAUCUAUUCCCGUGUGGUCAUAAUUUUCAUAUCAACUGUCUCACGGAAUUAGUGAAACCAUAUUUAUCACCAGAGCAAAAGUUACGAUUGUCCAAAGCUGUAGAAUCUGAGAAUACUGGAAAUACAGUAUCGAUCACUAGUUUUGAGGAUAUAUUCGAUGAAAUUAUCGCUGAUGAUUGUAUUCGAUGUGGUCGUAUAGCCAUUGACAAUAUAUCCAGGUUGUAUUAUGACGAUCAAGGGAUUUAUGAAAAGGAACUGUCAAUUUGGCAAUAG